AUGACAGAUUCACCUCAAAUAUUGAAUGAUCCGAUAGAUGACGAUAAAACGUCGUUUGAUAGUUUAUGCCACUGGAUAUUAAACGAAUUGAAUAAUGGGCAUGUGUUGGCAAUACAAGCAGUAAAAGAUCAUUAUCUAAACAUAAAGCAAAAUAAACGAGAAACAGUUACAGAAUACAUGAUGAGAACUACGACCCUGAAACAUCAAAUCGCAUCAAAAUUAGACAAUAUCAUAUUCUUUAAUGAAUCAUCUCAAGCCGGUACAUAUAUCGUGUUAAACGACGUUAAGUUUUAUGCAUUGAUCGUGUUGAACUCGUCACUUUCAACAGCCACAACAUGUAAACAAAAACCACAAAAAGACACCGCUUUAAUAUCAAAUGCUAAAAUAUUGUUUUCAUCAAUCCGUCUUCUACUUGAUACAUAUUCAAAAGCAUUUGAAACUUUUGAUCAAAUAAACAAAAAGCCAGAACAAUUACAACAUUUUAGUCCUGAUAUGUAUUGGUCACAUGUUCCAAUGCUAUUAAGAAACACAAGCAAAGGACGAAAUGGCAUCAGUGAACAAUUUAGUGCUCAAGGAAUUGACAAAUUCUGUCAAACGUUAGUGUUUCGAACGCUAAUUUAUUCGGCGAUUAACGAUAUAACAGAAAUCGAUACUGAUACAAACGAUGGGCAUAUUGAAUGCCAG